CCUCUCUCCCGAAACUUCGUCAUACGAUUAUCUUCUCCAAAGAGAUUCUGAUUCGAAUCCUUCUCUCAAACCCUAGAAACUUUCCCCCAAAUCCGAGAUCCAAUUCAAUGGCCGUUAUCCCCCGUUCAGAUCCACCUUCACGGAUCCACCCCGAGCCACAAACCCUAGGAAUCGACCACUUCGAUCAUCUCCCAGACUCGAUCCUCCUCCUCGUCUUCAACAAAAUCUCCGACGUCAAAUCCCUCGGCCGAUGCUGCGUCGUCUCCCGGAGGUUCCACUCCCUCGUCACUCAGGUCGAAAACGUCCUGAUCCGCGUCGAUUGCGUCAUCUCCGACGACGAUAACUCCGCUCUCUCGUCGAUCAAAUCCCGCUCCUCCGCAUCCGGGCCCUUCUCCUCCAUAUUCCGCCUCGUCGUCGGCGGCAUUGUCAAGCCGUUGCAAGCGUUGGGGCAAUUCCUCGGCGCGAGGAGAGCGUGCGGCUCCUCUUCUUCGUCAUCUCUGUCUAUUAGCGGAGACGAAGGUGGAGAGAUCGAACAAGGCGGAGUAACGCACCACUCUCCUACGCAGGUUCUGAAGAACUUCGAGGAGAUUCGUUACUUGCGCAUAGAGCUACCUUCCGGAGAGCUCGGGAUCGACGAAGGAGUUUUGUUGAAAUGGAGAGCAGAGUUUGGCUCAACCUUAGAUCACUGCGUGAUUCUCGGCGCUUCUUCAGUGAUCCAACCUAAUCCGAUGAGAGUUUCUCAAGCCAUUGUCACUACAACCGUUGAAUCUCCCGCCAGCGACGAUAACGGGAGUAUACCGGAGUCUUUUUACACGAACGGAGGUUUAAAGCUGCGUGUUGUAUGGACAAUCAGCUCUUUGAUUGCUGCAUCAGCACGACACUACUUGCUACAGCCGAUCAUAGCCGAGCACAAGACGCUGAGGAGUUUAGUGCUCAGUGAUUCCGAUGGGCAAGGUGUGCUUUGUAUGAACAGAGAUCAGCUUGAAGAGCUAAGGGUGAAGCCAUUGUCGGCUUCUUCUGCUUCGAAGAGAACUCUCGUACCUGCCUUGAACAUGAGGCUAUGGUAUGCUCCUACCUUGGAGUUGCCUGAUGGGACUGUGUUAAAAGGUGCGACUUUGGUGGCGAUAAGGCCGAGCGAGUCGAAGAAGGAAGCGUCUGAUGUCUCUUGGGUUUCUUCGGCUGCUUUUGAGGAGCCUUAUGAGGCAGCUGUUAAGAUGCUGGUCAAGAGAAAGACUUAUUGUUUAGAAAUGAACUCGUUCUAGCUUGGAAUGUUUCAGUCUGAAUCUGAGGGAACCCGAUGGCGAUUCAUGAUGAUUUUACAUAUAAUGCUAUAGUGAGAGGAAGCAGAGAACGAGCUAAAUCCAGUUUUGAUGAAUACAUAAACCAGUUUUGCUGCCUGUUGCAUCUGCUAGCGAUUUUUUUCUUUUAAGCUUUCGCAGGAUCUCUCAAUCAUAUACCAACAAAUUACUUAUUAUCUUGUAAGGUUUGUUGUCUGUCUUUGUUAGUUACAAUGUCUUGAGCUUUGCUUGUUCUUCUCUCUUUUGUGAAUAUUGUAGUUAUGAGAAAUACAUUUGCUUGUUAUUAUUAUAGUUAAUUUAA